GCGCUAUUUAAUGUGCACUUCUGGUGUACGAUACCUCUGAGUUGUUGUAGACGCGGCGCGGCGCUGCGCUUCUCGUCCGGUGUGCGACCCCCUUUAGACUUUAAAAACCCCUGCCCUACACAUACUGACUUGAGAUGCCCUAAUAUUUGAGUGUCAGAUUUUUACCUUCCAGUCGAUAAAACAAGCGAAAGUUUAAUAGGCCAAAAAGUCAAAUGUAAAAUUCUAAAUAUAAUUGUCACUGGUCGGGGAUGGACCACUAGUGUCUCUCCCCUGAGUUCCACCUCGAGGAGGUCCCCAAAGAUACCCCAAUGAUCGACACACGAGAGAGGAUAAGUAAUUUUAAAACAAACUUUAAUUUAAUUAAAAUGUUCUUGGGAAGGGGAAAGGAGAAUCUAAAAUGACAUCUUCUUGGUGUCUUUGCAGACAGGAAAGGCCCGGGUGCCAAGGGCAACGUGCCCACAGGGGAAAAUGGGAGAGGGGACUUGAAGCUCCCUUGUUCCCACGGCUGGGUCUCGGUGUGGGGUCUCUCUCUCCAGAGACAGAGGAUGGCCACACACACCACAGCCGAACUCCUGCAAUUGCAAGCAAAGGUAAGAUAGAUGUUGAUACCAGCUCCACUUGAUUUAACUGACUUCUCCUCUCUCCUCUUUUCACAGGUGACAUGGUCAGCUCUCUUCCAUCCAGGGCUUCGAGGCCCUUGCCGCUCGUGGUGCGGCGCUCCUACAGUCAUAGCAGUAAAACAAGGGAAGUAUCACUUUUAACUUUAUUCUGUGCCUCUCCGUGUUCCACUUUACAGGGUUUUCGAGGUAGGUAUAGCGUUAGCUCGAUUCAAUUACUCUGGGGUCUCACUGGACGUGCUGUUCUGGGCUUUACAGGGCUUUCGAGAUAGGUAUAGCGUUAGCUCGAUUCAGUUACUCUGGGGUCUCACUGGACGUGCUGUUCUGGGCUUUACAGGGCUUUCGAGGUAGGUAUAACUUUUUACUUCACUAUGGACAGAGUCUUGCUUUAAUCGCUAUAUCUGGAUUUCGGGACUACACAGAUGGGUAUUUUACAAGGAAAACCAUACAUCACCUUGGCUUCGUUCAAGGGCUGGGGAGGGCAGGCUAUUACCAGCUUCCACUGCUACUCGUUGGGCCGGGAACCACUAGGGUUGUCCCGGGAGAGGGAGGUGGAUGAAACAGCAAUACGGUACUCGUGCCGUCAGACUGAUGCACCACUUCCUGACCCUUCCACGGGCUGGCUGGAUACCCAAUUCAGAGCGACAGGCAGCUGGACUCUCCACAACACAAGAUAUACACACGUGAGUAGACUCGUUUGUAAUCAUUCACCACUCCCCGUCGGACAGUAUGGUUUUUCCCCCACAAUACCUCACUAGUUGCACUCACUCGGCUUCCUCCUUACUUGGACACACAGGCUGGAGUUAUAGAUGGAUGGUUACAAGAGGAUGGUCGCUGCUACCGCAGUCCACGUAGCGCACACACACAAGUUGGCUUGACCUAGGUGUAGGUACAGACAGCAAGAGACACGGCACAACACUGCAAGACUUCAGGUGCACACUUGUCAAAAAGCACACUCACCCACUGCAAUAUACACACACUUUAGCGAUCAGAAAGGGCGGUACUCCACACUACAUCAAGAUGUCGCGUGGGAACCACUGGAGCCGUGCACGCAGGUAGCGCUGUUGUUAUGUCAAGUAAUCCACACGAUAGUAUAUGUUGCCCCGUUUGGUCCCUGGCUCGCCCACCGGCUUCAUUCUCCACGGUGGGGCCACUAAAACAGUACACAGUCUCCACACAGAAUUAAUUUCCACUUUCUGAUGUCCAAUGCAAUAAACAACCCACUGUACUCAAGAUUUCUGUACGGUUGUGCUUCUCUCACUUGUUUCCUUCUUCCGACAGGCUUCCAAACGGCCAGCAAUGCUGUCCGAUUCCCGCCGUGAGAUCGGCUGUAUACUCCUGCCUUUAAUCCAACAAACAUGCAGUGCUGCAGGAGGGGAGAUUUUUAACCAGUGCGUGGCUGAGAGGGACGAAGCCUUUAAAGAAGAGGAUGUGAAGAGACUAAUGAGACAGAUUCUGGAGGGUGUGGCCUUCCUUCACAAGAGCAACGUGGUACACCUGGACCUUAAGCCUCAGAAUAUCCUCCUCACUAGUGAGUCUCCUCUCGGGGACAUAAAGAUUGUGGAUUUUGGCCUGUCGAGGUUGGUAAGCAGCAGUCAAGAGAUCAGAGAGAUCAUGGGCACACCAGAGUAUGUGGCACCAGAAAUCCUGAAUUAUGAGCCAAUAAGCACAGCAACUGAUAUGUGGAGUAUCGGUGUUCUCGCAUAUGUGAUGUUGACGGGCAUCUCUCCUUUUCUGGGGGAUGAUAAACAGGAGACCUUCCUCAACAUCUCCCAGAUUAAUGUCAGCUACACUGAGGAAGAGCUGGAGCACCUGGACAAAGCAGCUAUUCACUUCAUAAAGUCCCUGCUUAUCAAAGAACCAGAACACCGCUUCACAGCAGAAGAGUGUCUCGAGCACCAGUGGCUUCAGAUCAAAGAAGAAGAAGAAGAAGAAGAAAAGGACGGGAGCACAUCUGAAAGUGUCUCUGAGCCUGCCAGCCCUGGGACCUCCAGCCACGAUGAAGAAGCGGAGGAUGAGGAGAGCUCUCAGGUGACAGAAGAGCUCAUCGUAAUGGCAGCUUACACCCUGGGUCAGUGUCGACAGUCCUCUGAUAAAGAGACUCUGACCCCCGACCAGAAGGCCAUCUCCAAACGCUUCAAGUUUGAGGAACCCUUCUCAGCCCUGCAGGAAGUUCCUGGAGAAUUCAUCUACUGAUUCCAGUUCAGCCAGAUAGCUGCUACGCUCCCAACUAAUGCCGCACUUCAGACAAGAAACCUUUUCUAUGUCUUUUCUUUUCACUCACCUCAUGAUUUAAAUUUGUAAGCCAAAUAACUUUUUUCUUUUGUCUUGCUGGUUGCUCUUGUUUGUUUUGUUUAAUGUUUGUGCUGCUUAUAUUUACAGACGACUAAGCCUUGCUGUGACUCUCACUUUUCUUGUUUUUAUUUCCUUUAGGUGCCAUGCUUAUUUGUUAUGGGUAAUACAUAUUAAAGUUAUUAUUUUUGAUGAUAAUAAUUUUGUUUGUUUUCUUCUGGGUGCGUUUCGAUGCAUCUUUGUACAAAUUAUUGUUGUUUGACUUUUUAGGUUUUGUUGUUUCUACAAGUUUGUUAAAGAUUAUAAAGCCAUUUUAUGUGUUCAGCUUCUUUCAGGUCUUUCUUUGGUUAAAAAAAGCUUCCACAGCAAUAACAAAAAGUGUGUAAAUGUUUCCUUGUUUUGUUUUUUAACUCAUGUUAGAGUUAUAACUAUAUAUUGAUUUGUCACUAUAAAGAUUAUUUUAAAUGGCAACAUAUUACAAGGAGACUGUUCUGAUGCUGUAAAUAAAAGUUUGUCUUUA